AUGGUUGCCAUCUUACAGUCAGAUGGCCCUCUUAACACAUUCUUGGUGUAUACGAAAAAGUACUUAAGUUCGACCCAUGGCUGGAAAGAAGCUCGGUCUGUAGACGGUCGACGAACGAGCAAUAUGUCCUUCAGAGCUUCAGCUGCUCUGUCAAAUUGUUGGCAGGGAUCUGUGCGAUGUUACUCAGCUAGGCACAGCAAUUUGGGUCAGAUAACGGAGUAUCUUCUUAAGGAAGGAGUUCCGAACUUACUGCAAACGUCCUUUGAAGACCGCUACCUGGAUGAACAAAUCCGGCUGCGUUUCCUGCCUACGACUCAUCCGUAUUUCCCGGUGUUGCAGGGGAAGACCAAGUAUAAGGCUUCUUUGAAUGCUAUACGGGUUAUAAGCAAUAAGCUGAUACUGAGCAAGGACUGCAAGUUGCAUGUGAACUCCGUGACGACUUUGCUGAGGGACAACAAGACUCACCGAUACAAUUGUGUGACUGGAAAUGACAAGCUAGUCGUGAAAUGGCAAAGUUGUACGCCGCAGGAGACAUUUCAGCAUCGUGGAACCCAAGGUAAAGUGAGCUCUGUGCCACAGAACUUGCUGGCAGAGACAGCGCCUCCCGUAGUCAAAUACAUCCUUCAUCCAACAGGUAAACCACUAUCCAAGGAGAUGAUAAGCAACGAGGAACCCCUGGUGGCAGAGAGCGAUUUGAUAAACCGUGUGGUCAAGGGAAUAUUUGUAUUUGAGUUUAACGAAGAUAAUUCUAAGAUAUCUGUACAUACUUUUGAAGAUGUUGAAAUGAUUGAUUUUAAAAAGAUAGAGACAGGGGCCUUGGCGUGCUAA